AUGGAGCAGCCACCCCGCGCUGCUGAGAUCCCGUGCAGGGGAAGGAGAGAAGAAGCCCCGCCGCCGCUAACGCCGGUUACUGCGCUUCACACAACACAAGGCAAUAUACGUUCUGCUCGCCACCUCCACCUCCCGGCCUGGGGCAUCCUUAUCCUCCUGCACUUCUCAGCCUUCGUUCCGGCAGCCAGAGCACAGCAAGAAAUCGACGAUGAGUCGGAGUUCAGCUACGAUUGCGGAUCGGAGAACGGGCCGGAGAACUGGGGCAAGAUAAAGAAGGACUGGGCGACAUGCGGCACCGGGCGGAUGCAGUCGCCCAUCGACCGCUCUGACCGCCAUGCCACGCAGACGCCCAAUCUCGGGUACCUCAACCACUCCUACCGCCCCGCCGAGGCCUCCAUCGUCAACCGUGGCCAUGACAUCGCGGUGAUGUUCCGCGGCGACGCCGGGAGCCUGUGGAUUAAUGGCACCGCCUACCACCUCAAGCAGCUGCACUGGCACUCCCCCAGCGAGCACCGUGUGAACGGCCGUCGGUACAACCUGGAGCUUCACAUGGUUCACCUCAGCGCCGAAAACAAGGCUGCCGUGAUCGGCCGCCUCUAUAAGAUCGGCAGGCGCGACCAUUUCCUGCACGAGCUGGAGCCUUACCUGAAGAGGAUGGCAGACACCAAGGAGAAGGAGGAGAUGGUAGGCAUGGUGGAUCCCUGGGAGGCCAGGGGAGAUGGUGAAGCCUACUACCGGUACAUGGGCUCCCUCACCACGCCGGGGUGCGACGAGGGAGUCAUCUGGACCGUUAUCAAGAGGGUUGCUACUGUGUCGAGUCACCAAUUGAAGCUUCUCACCAACGUCGUCGAUGACGGCUUUCAGAUGAAAGCGAGACCCCUUCAGAAGGUGAAUGGCAGAGAUAUCAGCUCUUUCUGCCCUGAUGAUGACCAUGAACGCUAUUACGCUGCUGCUGAUCAUUAAAUAGCUCUAUACUUGAGCCAACCUAACGAUUGACAGGAUGU